AUGGGCGACGCUUGUUGUGGUAGAAGGCCCACGAAUGUUGCAUUUUCCGCUUCGAGGAAGACCGUUGACCAUACUGUGAAAGCGGGGCAGAGCAGCGCCCGAGACACUGUUGUGGAGCAACGAAGGCAGGCAUUGCAGCAGUGGAUGAAGAAGGAGGGGAAGUGGGGUUUAACGGAAGAGGAGGGGACGGAGGAAGAGACGUACCUGAGGGAGUGUUGGGAAGCAUUGAACGAUCCUGCACGAGUAAUAACGGAUGACGACUUGGUGGGUGCAAUUAAUUACCUUGACAGCCAAUGUGAGGUGAAGAUCGAUGGAAUAAUGGACGGUGCAACGAGUCCACUGCAGGAGGCGCAGCACCCGCCCAGUGACCGUCUCAACACAGAAGAGGAGUUGGCUGAAAAUGCCUUCUUGGUACGUGUAAAGGCUUCUUUGGCUGCGGCGGAAGAUAUUGAGCGCCAGCUGCGCUUUCAGCGCACACUCCUUGACUUCCGCGAGGUGAUGAACUCAUUUGGCUUGUCAUUUUUCCUGUGCUGUGGGACAGCUCUUGGGGCACACCGCGAGGGAUACUUCAUUCCGCACGAUAAUGACAUUGACGUGGGUGUAUUCUACGAGGAUUUGCAGCGAUUGGGUAGUGCUGAGGUGGGUGACAUGCAGCUGAAUCUUGUGUCGUUGUUGUCUCACAUUGCACUCGACAGCCGCUUUGUGCUCUUUGACAUCUGUGGGACAGUAGAAAGGGGGCUUGAGUUGCGUCUACUGCACCAUGUGACGCGUGUGUCACUCGAUUUGAAUGUGUACUACCCGCCGCUGGCGGAGGAUGCGGCCCUUGUCUCUCAGUAUGGUCCGUUUGUGUGGGCGGCGUCGCACUACGAAGACGCUGCGGCACGGCGGCACGGCAUGUACCGCUACCGGCACGCACCGUUCCGCGCAACGCUGCAGCGCAUGCCGUUCUGCGACACGGCGGCGGCCUCUGGUGCAGAGGGGUUCGCUGUUGUGCCACAGGAGUACCUGUUGGAGUACUUUGGUGCGGACUGGCGUACACCAAGGAAGUAUGCGUAUGCUGAGGGGCUGCGAAACGGAGACUACAAGAACAUCAUCGAGGAGUGA